AAUGGGUUGGUUAGGAUCGGUGAUAGUGAUAAUUUUGACCUGUAUUUUGGGAAUAGUUUGGUAUUUUGUGCAUUUGAUAGCACAAGUAAGAAAUUAUUGCAUUAUUAAUAGGGUUUUACAUCAUAAUAUAAAGAUGAAUAAGACUUUGUAAGUGAUCAACUUAGAGGUUUGUUAGGAGUAGAGGAUAUUUAACCCAGUUCCUAUAGACCUACAGUAGAACCAUAAUAUUUAUCAGGAAUUGUGGAUUUAAUAGAAACAUCAAUAGGAGGAUUAUGGCUAGCAUAAUUUUUGUACAUGAUUCUACUUUUAUUUCUAUUUUUUUUGGCUGUCGAUAUAUGGUUUAUUGACUAUCCAUUUUCAUUUAUGUUCAAUGCAAUUAUUGGAGCUAUAACGGUGAUGUUAUUUGCAUAUUAUGUAACUACAACAAAUAGCAAAUCGUUGACAAGAGCUUUAAUACAAGUAAAUAAUAUUUAGCAAAUAUUAAGUCAUAAUUUUCAAAAGAAGAGAGUUUUGGAUACAUGUACUCAUGUGGAUUUGCAAUAGCAAGUUUAUUGUUUAGUUUAUUAUUUGGAAUGUAUGUUUUAAUGUAUUACUUCAAUGUGGCAGUUUGGGGAGGAAAUAUGAAGAAAUAAGAAUAUGAGAAAGUAUCAAUAUUAAUGAUUGGCUAUUUAAUGGGAGUGAUAUUGGGUGGAUUUGUUUAUAGAGAAGGAAUAUCUAUAAUGUGUAGAUCAUUAAAAACAGCAUCAUUCGGUCUCAUUAGAGCAGAUUUAAAUUUAAGUGUUGGCAAUAAUAAUAUCUCAUAAUUGACUAGAUUAGCAUAUAUGGUAUCUUAAUAAGCAGGAAAUACUAUAGUUAAUUUUCUAGAUACAGGAUUUGUACUCUUAUUUUUAUGUUGUGCUAUCUCAUAAAUAGUGAUUAAUAGUCCUGAAAUAUUGGAUAGUGAAAAUAGAAGUGCAUUUAUUUUGGGACCUAUCUAUUUGAUAUGUAUAGGAUAUUUAGGAUUUAUUAUUUGUUAUUUUUUGAAAACUAUUUGUGCAGAUUAAGAGACAGGAUCGUUUGCUUCUCUUAAUGUUAGAUGGUAAGUUAUUAUAGCUGCUGUAAUUUCAUUUAUUGUUCAUGUCUCAUUUCCAUUUUCAUUCCUUGUUGAUAAAUUCACUCUUAAAGGAGAAAAUACUAAAGAUAUUGAUUUCUCAGGUAAAUCAUCAAUGCAUGCAUGUUGGUGUUAUUUAUUAGGGUUGAUUUUUAAUGUGUUUCAUAUCAGUAUAUUUGAAUGGUUCACAUCUCAUGGUUGUCCAAAUGUUAGAAAUAUGGUAAAUUAUUAUGAUCAAAUAGGGAUUAGCAACAAGUGAUCGUAUAUUACCUAUGAAUUUGAUCUUCUCAAAUUAUUUGGGAGAUUUGUAUUCUGCUAUUCCAACAGUUUUGAUGUUCCUUCUCAUUACUAUUGUAUAUUCAAUUGAAGGAUUUGCAGGAUUACUCUUUACAGCCUCUGGAUAUGUUUCACUAUUUAUUAUCUAUGGAGUAAUAUUCUUUAUUGGAUCCAAUUCAUCUGAUUCUUAUAAAUUAACAUGUUUUGCUCAUUUUAUAUCUGAUGUCUAAGGUAAGAUAUUUUAGAUCUAUUGGGAAACCAAAAAUUAUAUGAUAUUCCUUAAAGCUACUAAUGCAGGUACAGCUUUUCUUGUAUCAAUUGGAAUUAUUGGAGCUUAACUUUAUUAAUAUCCGACUGCAUUAAAUUCACUCUUUUUACAAAAUGAAGGAUUCUUAGGAUUAUUCAUUGGUUUUAGUUUGAUAUUUGUAUGUAGAGGAAUAAAUACUUGGGGAAUAAUUAAUGUUGCAAAAAAUUAUGUAAUAAGAUAUUAGAAUAAUUAGUUUAUAUUUUAACCAUCAGAUGAGGCAGAAGGGAAACUGAAUUACUUAAAGGAUAUAAGAAUAAUAGAAUUUACAAAAUUCAAAUAUACUCACAGUAUUUUAUAUGUUGCAUAUAAUAUAUUGUUUGUUACAAUAAUGACAUUGGUGUUUGGAUCAAUUUUAGGUCAUGCUGGAAGUGUUGCAAUAUUGAUAGGGGCAUGUAUAGCUGUGUUAUUGAUUCAAUACAAUGGAUUAAUUAAGGGGACAACUUUGGAGAAUUCUAGAGUGUAUAAUGAAAGUAUGAUUUUGAAUUGAGUUGGUAGUCUAAGAUAACAGAAAAGAUUAACACUAUUUAAUGUAUGUGUCUGGUGAUACUUAUGCUUGUGCUACUGAGGAAAGCAAUGCUUGUCCUUUGAUACCAUAUUUGAUUUACAUUUUCUGUUUACUAAUUUCUUGUUAAAAACAUUUUGCAAAAGCAGUAAAAUGA